GUGUGGGGGGAGGUACUUCUGAAGCGCACAAGAGAGAGAGAGAGCGCGAGAGAGAGAGUGGAGGUGACAUCUCGAGCAAGUCUCCAGAGGCAAUCCCAGGCUUGCACCAGCAGUGCUCACUUGAUGUAUCUGCGUUAUCCACACUGGUUUUUGGGCUUUGUGACAAGCAUGCACUGACUGAUCUCACACCACACUCUGGCAUGCUUUAACUGCUCUUGGAUUUUAGCAAAGUAAGAUUUUUGGAGCGUAAAAAUUCAAAUAUUUUUCUCUUUAAUCUGGAAGCACCUUUCUGGAUCCGAUGAUCACAGGGCAGCUGAGCAAACCGCUGCUCCCCCUGCGUGCCGAUAUGGACGUCUGCGAGCUGCGGGAUGACGACAAAGCGGCCAGCCCGGACAGCGAGCUCAACGAGGAGCCCUUGCUGCUGUCAGCUGACACAGACUCGGAAGAGAAGAUGUAUGGGGGUCGAGUUGGUUCAGUUCAGUCUGAUGCCAGCAGCAGUCCCACAGAACACGGUCAUAUGGGUCAAUCUCACCCCACGUACCCUCUAGGACCACAGUCUCUACUGGUUGCUCAGCAGCUGGCAUCGGCAGUUAGUGGAGUGAUGUCCGGUGGAGCUCCGGGUCUGAACCAGCCCAUUCUCAUCCCCUUUAAUGCUGGUGGGCAUCUGGGUGGACAGCAGGGCCUGGUUCUCUCUCUGCCCACUGCUGCCAACAUACAGGGCCUGGUGGCAGCCGCUGCUGCUGGUGGCAUCAUGACACUCCCCCUACAGAAUCUGCAAGCUACCUCAUCCCUAAACUCUCAGCUCCAGCAUCUCCAACAACUCCAACAGCUACAGCAUCACCAGCAACAGCAUCAUCAUCAUCAACAGCAGCAGCACCAACAACAACAACAACAACAGCGAGAACGAGAACGAGAGCAGCGCGAAAGAGACCAACAACAACGAGAACGGGAGCAGCACCAACAUCUCUGCGGCCCAACGCAUCUCCAGCCACCCAGCCAUCAUCAGCUCACUCCUCCGAUCCAAUCACAAGUGUCUGGACAUUCUCCAGGCUCCGCCUCCACCUGUACCACCUCUAAUCAUAGCUCAGCUCAGCCUCCCCAGUCUCCGCCCCCUCACAGGCAAAACCAUUCACCAGCUCGCAGCCUGCCAUCACCUGUCACACCUCCUCUACCACUACAGCUCAACCCUCUGGCCAGUCAGGCAGCGGUUGCCGCAGCAGCAGCGAUGGGUUCAAUUGCCGGGUCACAGGUGUUUGGAAAUGCUCUCUCCAGCCUGCAGGGGGUCACUGGACAACUGGUCACCAAUGCACAAGGACAGAUCAUUGGUACGAUCCCUCUGAUGCCAAACUCUGUAGGACCUUCCAGCCAAUCAGGGGGCGGCACUCCCUCUCUGCAGGUCCAGCCAAUCACACCACAGCUGCUGACCAAUGCACAGGGUCAGAUUAUAGCCACUGUGAUUGGCAACCAGAUCCUGCCAGUGAUCAACACCCAGGGAAUCACACUGUCGCCCAUUAAACCUGGACAGCAGCUGCCACAGGCCGGCCAGGCUUCACAGGCCCCUCCAGUUUCUCAGCCAAGUCUGCUCCGUAUGCCCCACAGCCAGAGCCCCCUCCGCCAGGCCUCUUCCUCCUCCUCAACAUCAUCAUCCUCAUCCUCUGCCCUCAGCGUCGGCCAGCUAGUCAGCAACCCUCAGACUGCACCCAGUGAGGUGGAUGGUGUAAACCUGGAGGAGAUUCGAGAAUUCGCCAAAGCGUUUAAAAUUCGCCGGCUGUCUCUGGGUCUGACUCAAACUCAGGUGGGCCAGGCCCUCAGUGCAACUGAAGGCCCUGCCUACAGCCAGUCUGCCAUCUGCAGACACACCAUCCUGAGAAGCCACUUUUUCCUACCACAGGAAGCCCAAGAGAACACUAUAGCUAGCAGUCUGACAGGCAAACUGAACCCUGGCCUUUUAUAUCCUGCCAGGUUCGAGAAGUUGGACAUCACCCCAAAAAGCGCCCAGAAGAUUAAGCCUGUGCUGGAGCGCUGGAUGGCCGAGGCGGAAGCCCGCCAUCGCUCCGGUAUGCAGAACCUGACCGAGUUUAUCGGCAGCGAGCCCUCCAAAAAGCGCAAACGGCGGACCUCUUUCACGCCACAGGCUCUGGAAAUCCUCAACAGUCACUUCGAGAAGAAUACUCACCCCUCCGGUCAGGAGAUGACCGAAAUCGCUGAGAAACUGAACUACGAUCGCGAGGUGGUGCGCGUCUGGUUCUGCAAUAAGAGGCAAGCAUUGAAAAACACUAUUAAGAGGCUGAAACAGCCCGAGCUCGGGCCGGUCGCACCAAUGGACCCUCUGGUCGAUAAUAUGGAGGAACAUCCUUAGCUCGACAUGCACCGAUGGUGAAACUUCUGAUGUUGUGGACUUAAACCUGGACAAUUAGUAUCCGAUGCAUCAUCGACUGGAUGAACUGGCGACAAAGGCAAAAAGAAAUAUUGUCAGUGUUAUCAUCACAAAAGCAAAAACCAAAAAAGUCAAGAAAAAAAGAGAGUUAAAGUACUGAUUCAUAAGCAGUUUGUGAGGAGUUAAGAACAAGGAUCAUAUUUAAAUCAAGGAUGGUGAAGAAACUACUUACCAAAGUUUGUUGCAUCUGAUUCCUGAGGUUUUUUAAUUGUAAAUGUGUUUUACAUUUUUACAUUUUUACUGGGGGGGG